UCUUCCUCUACUUCUCCCUCCUCUCUCCCUGUCUCUCUCUGUCUCUAUCUCUCUCUCCCUGUUUCCAUUUCUCUCCAUCGCUCUUUUCUCUUCAACACCCUUUAAUCAAAUGGGCGCAGAAGCCGUCAUUUCCAUCAAACAGAAACAUUUUCUAUAUAUCCAAGUUGUAAUUAAUACUGGUGUAUUUCUGUUAAAAUGCCUUGUUCGGUUUGUGUUAAUGCUCCCCUCGUCCCUCCUCUUCACUCUCUUAGAAACUCUUCAGGUUUUUCCAACUGAGCGAUUCAGGCUGAGGCGGGCGCAACCGCACUAGAGGGGAAGCCAAGUCGUGCUGGACUGGCGCGAUAUCCUCGCACGGUUCACAACUAAUAGAAGACCUGACACGCGUUUAAUCAUGCUUUUAAAUAAUGGAAUAUGCUGAUUUUAAAAGUUGACCAAGGAUUUCUAGUUGUGGGGUGUUUGCGAGGCAUGGCUUUCCUUUUAACUUGCUUAUUCCUGUCUUGUUACAGUACGAGCAGUGUUUGGGGAAAUCAGCACAGUGAGACAAGUAUCUAUUUGGACAACAUCACGCGUAUAUUGGAUAGAUUACUGGAUGGCUAUGACAACAGGCUGCGACCUGGAUUUGGAGGUCCAGUUACAGAGGUCAAAACUGACAUCUUUGUCACCAGCUUUGGACCUGUCUCAGAUGUUGAGAUGGAAUACACCAUGGACGUAUUCUUCCGUCAGACAUGGAUUGACGAACGGUUGAAAUUCGAGGGCCCCAUCGAGAUCCUGCGGCUCAACAACCUGAUGGUCAGCAAGAUCUGGACGCCGGACACCUUUUUCCGGAAUGGCAAGAGGUCGAUCUCUCACAACAUGACCACCCCCAACAAGCUGUUUCGCAUCAUGCAGAACGGAACUAUCCUCUACACCAUGAGAUUAACUAUAAAUGCUGAGUGUCCCAUGCGUCUGAUGAACUUCCCGAUGGAUGGCCACGCAUGCCCGCUCAAGUUUGGGAGUUAUGCUUACCCCAUCAGCGAGAUUGUGUACACUUGGAAGAAAGGUCCUCUGUCAUCUGUCGAGGUGCCACAGGAGUCAUCCAGUUUGCUGCAGUACGACCUCAUUGGUCAGACAGUGUCAAGUGAGAGACUGAAGUCCAAUACAGGUGAAUAUGUCAUCAUGACGGUCCACUUCCACCUGCAGAGGAAAAUGGGCUUCUUCCUUAUUCAGACGUACAUUCCCUGCAUUAUGACGGUCAUCCUGGCCCAAGUCUCUUUCUGGAUUAAUAAGGAAUCGGUUCCAGCUCGGACUGUGUUUGGUAUCACCACCGUCUUGACCAUGACAACACUCAGUAUCAGCGCCCGCCACUCCCUUCCCAAAGUUUCCUAUGCCACAGCCAUGGAUUGGUUCAUCGCCGUUUGCUUUGCCUUUGUCUUCUCUGCCUUGAUUGAAUUUGCGGCCGUCAACUACUUUUCCACCCUGCAAGCCAACAGGGAGCUGCGGAAGGCUGCAGCUAUGAAGGCGGCCGCACAGGAGGCAGCAGCAGCAGCUGCAACUGCAACGCCAGCUGCAGCCACAGGGAACGACGGAGAGGUUUCCUCGGUGGAUCCCACUAGUGUGCUGAAGAAGAGGAUGAACUCUGCCCCACUGUUUGACCGCCCUGCAAAAACAUUUCCUAACCCACCUGUCAAUGCCCAAGCCUUCCUGCAGCAGGGUUCAGCUGUACCAGCCAACAAUGUUUUGACUGGCACCAGCAUCAUCGACAAAUACUCCCGCAUCCUGUUCCCUCUUUCAUUUGGCGCCUUCAACCUGGUCUACUGGAUUGUCUAUCUCACCAAGGACACGAUGGAGAUGUCCAGGGAUACCGUCUAAGCCAACAGUUCGUCUUCCUGGAAAUCAUAGACUGUCAUACAACUGCACACACACACA